AUGAACUCAUUGCUGGGAGUCCUACUUAGAUUCCGGACGGGGGGAGAGAUAGCAUUCCAGGCUGACGUAAAUGCUAUGUUUAACCAGAUCUUCAUCACAAGGCAACAUUGGAAUUUGAUGAGGUUCCUAUGGUUCAAAGAUGAUGACUUGGAUGCAGAACCUGAAGGAUAUCAAAUCCUCCACAAUUUCUUUGGUGGUACCCAUGCUCCUGCCCUAGCUGGAUAUGCUGUAAAGAAGACAUGCAUCGACAACAGAGAUGAUUUCCACCCAGAAACAAUCAAGACGGGACUCAGAAACAGUUAUGUAGAUGACAUACUUAAGUCUUUGGGGCCUGAGCUGGCAGUCAUAGUCGUCUCAGAGAUCUUCAAACUUUAUGGCAAAACUGGAUUUGAGCUGGCCAAGUUUGUAACAACGGAUAGAAGUCUUCUAGAGUUGGUUAAACCAGAGCUGCAGGCACCUUCAAUGAAGGAAUCUUCCGAUCUUGAGAUGGGAUAUGAACACGAAGAACGAGUCCUUGGUGUCAAAUGGAAUGUCACCGAUGACACAUUUGGUUUCAAAACAAGAGAAAAGGAAAGGCCUUUAACAAGAAGAGGGCUGCUCGGUAACAUAGCCGCUAUGUUUGACCCAGAAGGAAGUGUAGCCCCUGUGACGCUCAUACCGAGGCAAAUUCUACAAGAUAUAACAGCUAAGGGGUAUGGCUGGGACGAGCCAUUACCAGAGUUGGAAGCCACUCAAGUUCAGGAAUGGCUGCAGUCAAUACAGAAGUUGGCAGAUUUCAAGAGAGAACGAGCAGUAGUACCAAAGGGAUUUGGCAAGAUAGUAUCAAGAGAGUUGCAUGCGUUCUCUGAUGGCUCAGAGACAGGACUUGGAUUUGAGAUCUUCAUAAAGUCGACCAACGAAGAAGGAGCAUGUCACAUCUCAUUCCUGCUUGCAAAGGCCCUGGUAACUCCCACCAAGGUCAAGACGAUUCCUAGGAUUGAGCUGCAAGCCAUGCUGCUGUCGAUGAGGGGGGUCAAGUUUGUCAUCAAAGAGUCGGAUUGCAGCUUCCUUAGGAUAUAUCAAUGGACAGACAGCUCGGCAGUUCUCAUGAUGGUACAGAAUUCCAAGAGACGCUUUUUGCCUUUUGUAGCAAACAGGCUGCAGGAAAUUAGAGAUCUAAAGGAGGACCUGAAAAUCGAGAUCCGUCAUGUCCCAGGAGAGAUGAACCCGGCCGAUGUAUGUAGUCGAGGGUUGACUGUGGAGAACUUUCUGAGACAUGAACUGUUCCACCAUGGGCCUAGUUUUCUGCAGAACACUGAGGAGGAUUGGCCUAGUAUGCCGAAGAUUGGGAGUCUCCCUGACGACCAUCCAGAAGGGAAGAAGGAUGUGACUGUUACAGUUCUGGCUACAGAAGUUAAGGAGGACCCCCUGAUGAAGUUAGUACAUCACCACUCUAGCUGGGCAAAGUUGAGAGUGGCAGUAGCAUGGUUAAUACGCUUCAUCAUAUGGAACAAGGACACUCGCCUUGGACGCAAUGCAGUCAACUACACCCGGUUGAAAGGCAGGAUUAAAGGAAGUGAAAUUCAAGAUGCUGGUGAAGCAAUAGUUCGAUAUGUUCAGAGACAGGAAUUCAGCAGCGAGAUCAAGAAAUUGGGGAACGUUGGUCCAAAAAUGAAGCAUAGUCAAUUUCAGAAGCUUUGCCCAUUCAUCGACCCCAAGGGAUCACUGAGAGUUGGAGGCCGUCUUUCUGAGUCGAGUUUGCCAUACAACAGGAAACAUCAGCUACUUCUGCCAAACAGUCAUCACCUGACAAUGAUCAUAGCCAGAUACUACCAUGAGUCAUACAUGCACGCCCCACCGAAGACCUUACUGUACAUGAUCAGGAAACAUUAUUGGAUCAUCCACGGGACAAGGCUGAGCUACAAGAUACAGGAGACAUGCAAAACAUGCAUUCGGACAGUCGCAUUACCCAAGGAGCAAGUACAAGGAACUCUGCCAGUCUCCAGGGUCGCUGUUGGUAGUGCAUGGCUGCACACAGGAUGUGACAUAAUGGGUCCUGUACUCAGCAAGAUGGGACGCAGCACGCCAAAACGGUACAUCCUGGGACUGGUGUCAUUUACAAUCAAGGCCGUUCAUUUCGAAGUCUUGCCCGAUAUGACCGUGCCUGCAUUCCUGAACGCUCUAAGAAGAUUCAUUGCCCGUCGAUCCAGGCCCCAGGAGCUGUCGACUGAUUGUGCUGGGACGUUUGCGGCAGGGAUAAAGGAACUGAAUGAACUUCAAGAUGUCUACAACAACUUAGCAGUAGAAGAUUUCUUGAGACAGAAGGAAAUCUGCUGGGUCCCGAACAUUCCCAAGGCAUCGAAUCGGAAUGGUCUCUUUGAAAGGCCAUUCAGGUCACUGCGAAGAGCCCUCCUAGGAACGUUAAAAGACAGGACGCCAACAGAGGACCAGCUGAUGACGAUCGUUGCUGAAUGUGAGUUCCUCUACAAUAGUCGUCCUCUAUGUGCUCAGAGCAACAGCCCUGACGACAUACAGCCGUUAACGCCAAACGAUCUCCUCAAUCCAGAACCAGCUGCAGCCUAUGCUCCAGGGGUAUUUGUCGACCGUGACUUGAUGGUUCGCAACCACUUCCGUCAAGUCCAAGCCAUGGUCGACAUUUUCUGGCAUCGAUUUCGUCUCGAGUACUUGACCUCACUGCAAGAGAGGACAAAACAGCUCAAGGAAACACGUAACUUCCAAGUUGGCGACGUCGUUCUACUCGUCGAAGACAUGAAACUUGGACAUCGAGGACAUUACCCAAUGGGACGAAUCACCGCUGUAAAUCCGUCAACAGCAGACAACAACGUGCGAACGGUGCAACUCAAGACAAGCAAGGGAACGUAUGCCAGGCCAGUGAAGAGCAUCGUACUACUGGAGGCUGAAGGAACGGACUAA